GUGUUUAUUCUGUUGAUCAUGUCUGGACGGGGCAAGCAAGGUGGUAAAACUCGCGCCAAGGCUAAAACGCGCUCUUCCCGAGCCGGACUUCAGUUCCCAGUAGGAAGAGUUCACCGUCUGCUCCGCAAAGGGAAUUAUUCCGAGCGGGUUGGCGCCGGCGCGCCAGUGUAUUUGGCUGCAGUGCUGGAGUACUUGACAGCUGAGAUCCUGGAGCUGGCGGGCAACGCGGCCCGCGACAACAAGAAGACACGCAUCAUCCCGCGCCACCUACAGCUGGCCAUCCGCAACGACGAGGAGCUCAACAAGCUGCUGGGCAAAGUCACCAUCGCUCAGGGCGGCGUCCUGCCCAACAUCCAGGCGGUGCUGCUGCCCAAGAAGACUGAGAGCCACCACAAGCCUAAGGGCAAGUAGAGGUUUGGUGUCCUUUGUAACUCAGACCUUCCCAAA